AACUGUCAAAUUUAGAAAACACAAUUUUUUUUAAUGUUUACAAUAUUUUUUUUAUUGUUGUGAUUACAAUUUUAAUUGACGAGAAUGGAAAUUUUUUGACGAAGUUUACAAAAUUUUAAAUAAUCAGUAUUGUUGCUAAACGAAUCAAUGACAUGGAGACAUGGAGAGAUUUUGGAAAAAUUUGAGAUUUAAAUAUGUACUCAUUUGUAUUGUCAUUACUUUUAUUAUCACCUGUUUGAUAAGUAUUUCUCCAAUAAGCAAUGAUGAAACCAAAUACAACAUUGGUCCAUUGGCAAGAGACAGGAGUCGGAGUCUUAAAUCGUCGAAUAUUUUGAGAAAUAGAAAAAAAUCGAAACAUCAAUUAGCAAUACUUGUGCCAUUUAGAGAUCGCUUUGAUGAGCUGCUAAAAUUUGCUCCUCAUAUGAAGAAAUUUUUAGACAAACAAAAUUUAGAUUAUCAUAUAUUUAUUUUAAAUCAGGUAGACAAAUAUAGAUUUAAUCGAGCGUCUUUGAUAAAUGUAGGAUUUUUAGAAGUGAAAAAUAAUUACGAUUAUAUAGCAAUGCAUGACGUUGAUUUACUGCCAAUGAAUGAUGAAUUAUUGUACUCAUUCCCGGAAACGGGACCUUUUCACGUAUCAUCGCCUAAGCUUCAUCCACGAUAUCAUUAUGAUACUUUCGUUGGCGGAAUAUUACUCGUCAAACGGGAACAUUUUAUAAAAGUUGAUGGAAUGUCAAAUAAAUAUUGGGGCUGGGGAUUAGAGGAUGAUGAAUUUUACGUAAGACUGAAAGAAGCAGAACUCAAUGUGACUCUUCCGCAAAAUAUUUCAACCACUUCUCGUAAUACUUUUAUGCACCUGCACGAUAUAAAUCGUCGUAAAAGGGACAUGACCAAGUGCUACAAUCAGCGCGAGGUGACGAGGAAACGAGAUCGCCAGACAGGAUUACACGACGUCUCCUAUAAAUUAGAGGAAGUUAUUAAACUGACAAUAGCAGACAGUCCAGUGACAGUUUUAAAUAUUGCUUUAAUAUGUGAUAAAUCGAUUACUCCAUGGUGUGAAUGUAAUAAAAUGGAAGAUCCAAAUUACAUUAAGAUAAAAGAUAAGAAAAAGGAAAAUAAAACCGUCACGUAAAUUUACAAUUAGAUUUUUCAUUAUUUUUCA